AGCAGCAGCCAGGCCACCAGCUGGGGCAAAGUCUACAACAUGUGUUUUGUGGAUCAUAGUUCAUCUGCCGGACAGGGACAAACAGGAAAGGCUCAUGCUGGCUCGAGUUUGCUCGACCAGCUGCAUGCGGUGUGCAGUAUUCGCUUCCGCAGCCUUUGCCCCUUUUUGGAGAGUUGCAAGUGACGGAUGCACGUUGCACCACGUGCAGUUCGAAACCGUUCGCACGAGUUCGAAAUUCGUCGAGCGACCAAGCGGCCGGCCCUCUCCCGUCUCCAUCGGCUGUUCGUCACAGUCGAGCAGUUGCCUGCGUGCCUAGCGUCUCUGCGAUUCAUAGUGCACAUAAUCCCCAUGGGGAAAGAAAUAUGGGGAAAGUUUUGCAAUGAAAGGAACACGCAAAAAGUGCCGAGACGCAC